AAUUUCAAUACAGGCGGCCAAAAUGGAGGACAUGAAUGUGAUUGUCCAUUGAUUCCUGUAGAAACUGUGUUAAAUGCAGUAUUUAUGAGAUAUAGGCAACAUUCCAGGUUUGAUUUGUGCAAUUAAAGAGAUGGAUAUUGAUGAACAGUUGAGAGCUCAAAGCAAGGUCCUGUUGCAGCGCUUGAAGGCAAAACAAGGCAGACUGCAGAACAUUGUCAAUUCUCAGUCAGAUGAAGUCCCCUGUUUAAAAGAAAAUAAAGAAAAAAUGGUAAAAAGUGUCAGUGCAGAGAGAUCUGGAAGGAUCAGUUCUAGGGAAACAAAAUUAGACAUGUCUACAACUGUAGAAAAAAAACCUAGUAAUGGCCAACCCCGUGCUAGGGAACAGCUUGCUAGAGCCAGGCUAAAUAGCAGGAAAAAGUCUGAUGGAGAUAAACCAGACAAGUUAUGUAAUGGUGUUCUUACCAACGCAAAUAAUCUUAAUACACACGACCAAAAACUAGAUGUUGGGAAUAAAGAAUUAGAUCUCCAUAAAGAGAGUGAAGAUUGUGUAACCAAGCCAAAAGUAGUCGCUGACGAUGACAGGCUGUGUAGUCAGUUAUCAAACUUGAGGUCAGAGGUCAGGCGAUCAAGAGACAUUGAUAAAGAUACAGACGUAAAAUUACGCAGGAGAAUAAUUGACAAAAAUGUAAAAGUUGAUUCCCAAUUCAAUGAAAGUGAAUUAUGUAGAGAAGAUGAAGCAUCCAGACUGAACUUCAGUUACUCCAAAUUUGAUGAAAGUGACAUAAAUUAUCUCAGAUCAAAGUUUGGUAGUUCUCCAGAGGACAUUGAUGUAGAUGAAGGAGAAAAGAAAGAAACAACAGAGAACAACAAUGCUAUUGACCACGAUAGAAUGUUACAGUCAGCGGGGAAUGACAGAAAAGUGGCUAACUUCAUCCGUGACACCAUGAGCAAACCAAAGUCAAUUCUGAUGACGUCUGGACCAAAGGAUCUAAAAAGGUCCCUCAGUAAAGUUAGUUUUCUGACGUCACGAGAUGGAAGUAUGAGUGUUCCUGAUAUGGAUCGACAUCUCCUUGGUUAUGACUGGAUCGCAGCAUUACUGGACAAUGACCGCGGAGCGAUGGAUCAUUCUGAAAACUACUUUGAAGAACUGAGAGAAUUCCGACGUAUCAACAGAGAUGAAUGUGUUAACAACUUUUACAUGGAUGGCGUGGAUGAUCUCCUAGCUAACAGAGACCGAGAACCCUCUCCUGUAGCAGAGGCGUUAGAGGAGACUAAGGUGAAGCCGUACACCGUCAAUGACAGGCUUUUUACAGAGCCCCUUAAGCAGCAAGUGUUCAACUACGAUGACGAUAGGGAUAAAGAUCCAAAGAAAACCAAGCCUCCUACAUUUGAGGAACCUAGAUUUGUGAGGGUGAGUAUUCCAAGGUCUACCUUACUGUCUCCCCAUCGAGUUAAACCCCAUCGCAGAAAGAGUAUAGAUGACACUGACUCCUUCUCUUUAUCUACGCAUUGUGUGAAGGGUUACGAGAAUGCUGUGCCAUCCAUGGUCCCGGCUGCCUCCAAUGUUGGCCUGAGAGAUGCUACUCAUGGUACCAAAUCCAUGAUACAAACGACUUUGGCCGACGCUGAGAAGGUUGCAUCCAGCUUUCCAUAUCCAUGGACAUCCUCGGCCCCUGACAGAAUCCGCCAGCCUCGUUCUGACCAUGCAGACCUAUACAAAUCAUACCAGGAUAUGACUUUGCCAUCACGCCUCCAGACCAGCACAGGAGGAAAGGAGGAGGAAUCUGUUGCUCUGAAACAGGCUACAGAAGACUUGCUGAAUUCCACCUACUCUCUAAUGUUCGAGAUGGAAAAGAUUAAGAAACAGCGAGACAUUCACAGUACUCGCCACAUAGGAAAUGUGGCUUAGUAUCAUAAUCAUCCUUGUUAAGGACUGUCAGUGCAGACAAUUAUACUGUGAUAGGUCUAGCGGCCACAAAUUUAUUCCAAAAUCGUUUCGAUCCUGUCUGAAGAGAAUGUUGAUUUGAAAAAAUUAACCAUCUUUACAGAUGAUUGAACCAAUUUUAAAUUACAAAUUGAACUUAUUAAGUGUCAUGUUUAUAUCUUAGUACAUGUAUUGCUUAAGAUAUUUUUUUGAUUGAAUUAUGGGGCAUUUAUAAUCGAUAUAAAAGCAGAUAACAUUAAAUAAUACCUAUUUUACAGCAAACCAGCAGUGCCAAAUAUUUACAUUCUUAUAUGACAAUAUAAGGUUAAUACUAUUAUGACUAUGAAAUGUGAAUCGCAGCAGUCUCUAUAUAAGUGAAAUAAUUCCUGAUCAUUUCUUUUUUCAUUCUUUGUAACCAUUUAACUUUCAGAUCAUUUCUAGUAACAUACAAUAACACUGACUAUUAAUUAUCACCAGAAAUCAAAAUGGCUGCAUACCAAAUUUAAAGAAAUUUGUACUCUUAAUUGUGUUGUAAAAAUAAGAUUGCUAUUUGUUCUCCCAACUCAGUCUUGCCAUAAUCAAAUUAUUUAUUUUGAUUGCUAGAAAUAAUUUGAUAAUACUUUUACUUUUUCCCCCUUUAAAUACAUGACAAAUGGUAUCCCACAAUUAAUGUCUAGCAUGCUAGUAUUAUCAAAAUAUAGGAGUUCUGGUUGAUGAAAAUGGUAUGUAUUAUGAGACUAUCCUGCUAAUUGAGGACAACUAUUUCACUACCUGUAUAUAACAAGAGAAAAGAUGGAAAGUGCUAUCAUUAGGCUUCUCCAGGUAUCAAGAAUUUUUCAAUAACCUUUUCAAUAACCUGGCUAAGUUUCACAAUACUGAAGCAGACUGGUCUUUUUAUAUCAGAUUCACUAAUUCAACACUUAAACUUACAUAUUACAUGUAUAUAAUAAUUAAUUACCUUGUCUCAGUUGUGUUAGACUUUCAAACCAUAGGUGGCAGUUUUUAUUGGGUAGAUGGUAUAUCAUUGUUCACAGUAUGACUAACUACUUUCAGCUCUGCUUGUAUUAGAAUGGAUGUGAAAUGUGUACAUACAUUUGAUAUUUUAUCAAUUUAUGAAACUAUAAUAAUUCCAUUAAAACAAGAUUUGGCUGAUUUUGAUAAAGUUAUUGAAUACUUUUAAAAUGUGGUUAAACAUUGACAUAUGAUUCAGAACACAGUUUAUAAUCAUACGUUGUUUAUUUAGUUUGUGUUUGGUAUUUAGAA